AUGAGAAACUCAAAGGACAAAAUCCCUGAAAAGGACAUCUUGAAAAAGCGAAUCACAACCACAACAACCACCCCCAGCUCGGUUAAGAAAUCAGCAAGUGGUACGUCACUGUUGCUCAAACCAACUGCACGUAACACAGCCACCGACAAGCUGCAACGCACGGUCGAGGAAGCAAACAACAAUGCAGAUCAACCAAUGCAGGAAGAUCAGCAUAGCACUCCUUCUGUCAACGAUGAUCCAGCACUCGACAAUACUGGCGCACCUUUGGUCAGCCAGAUGUCUUUCUCCCCUUCUGCCAACACGCCAGAGUGGGUGUUUCAUUUCCAGAGGGAAUUCAGAGCUCACGAGCAACGCAUUGCCUCCUUGGAGUACGCUAUGGCCGAAAUAGACAGACUCAAGUCUGAACUGGAUGCCACGAAAACUGAAUUAGCUUCAGCAAAUGCUCAGGUUGCCUCUCUCCAAAAGCAACUCUUGGUGCGCACUGACUCUGGCAGCAAUGCCUCUCAGUAUGCGUCGCUCCCUCCAACAAUCCAGGCUACUAAUGGUCGUGCUCCAUCUCUUUCACCAGCAGAGUUUCCAGCUUUGCCUGCUAGUAACACCAAGUCUGCCUCUUCUUCCCCAAAGAACGCUACCUCAUAUCAACCUGUCAAAAAAUGUAAGAAGGAGUCAAUCAAAUCUAUCUUGCGCAUGUUUGAAGCACCCCGUGUUGUAGAUCCUUCCAUCUUGGAGGAUCCUCAAUACCGUUACUUCCACUUCGCUUGUAAGUAUCGCAAGAAGCUCGCCAAGUAUCGUAGUCAGCUACGUCGUCUCGGUCUUGACACUGGACGCAUCUUGGAUAUCCACUACCCUGCCAAGGGUAUUGUUGCUCUCUUGAUCCACCAGGAAUACUCAACUGACUUCCUUGCAACGCUGGCCAAGCACAAACUUGAGCCUAUCACCGACUUCGAUCAAUUUGCUGCUGCAAAUCUGAACGAUCCUGCUCUCCUCACUCUGGAUGAUGCUGCUCGUGCUGCUAAAGCCAGAGAGCUUCAACAAGCCCGUCUCGCUCGUGGUAUUCAACAUGCCCGCCAGUACUUGCGUUCUGCCAUUGCUCGUGAUUUUCAAAGACAAGGCUUCCUAUCUAGUGAACAAGUGGAGACCAUCCUCCGUGGUGGAUCCAUCUCUACCUCUGUGAAUACUGACAUGGACACCCAAGGUUUUGAAUCCUCUGCUGCCUCUUCUUCUUCCUCCCCAGUGUUUGCCACUGGUGCUGCUGCUUCCUCCCUCGCUGGUGCUGUCUUUGAAUCCGCCUCCCUCUCUUCUUCUUUACCGCCAUCCUCACCUGCUCCUCCUGCUCUCACCCUAACCACUUGGAAUGCCAAUGGCCUUGUCCGUCAAACCGUCAAUACUGUUACUGACUAUCUAAGUGAUUCUUCUCUCAUUUUCAUCACUGAAACAUGGUUACUCCCUCCGUUACGCUUCCCCACAACAUGGCAGCAGUUCCAUACCUAUGGUAAACGAGUCUCUGGUGAUCCUCAUCACACACAUCGUGGCCAACAAGGUAUCACACUUCUUGUGAACCCCAAUUGUCCCUACCCAGUCAUGCCUCUGCCUUCCCGCUCUCCCUAUGUCUUUUCUUGCCGUGUCUCCAAAUACCUUAUACAUUGCCUGUAUUUGCCACCAUCCUUGUCGGAUCAAGAAGUAGCUGCUCUCUUUGAGGGCCCUGAUGCUUUGGAACAAGAUGCCAACACCAUCCUUUGUGGUGAUUUCAAUGCUCGAAGUCAAGCCCUGCUUGGUGACACUGCUACCUACACUCGUGGUUCGUGGCUGCAUGAAUUCAUCCUGUCCAAUGGAUUGCACUGCUGGAAUGCGCUUUUGGCGUAUGGUAUCCCUACCCUCUCUUCACCAAGUCGGUUGGACAAUGCUCAAGUUGGGCAUACAUCGUGGAAUAGUAUUGUUGAUCUGAUCAUCAGCUACUCCCCCCUUCUUGAACCUACCAUGACCAUCCAUGAUGCCAAUCUUGGCUCUGACCAUGUGCCUGUGUCUCUCUCUUUUGUUCCCACUACUGCUCCACCUCCUGCUGCUCCUCAUCCUCGUCUUCUCUGGAAAUUGUCAUUAUUGGAUGAUCACAAGAGUGUAGAGCACUACCGGGCUUUGUUUAGGGUAGAAAUAUCCCCUAUCAAAACUGCACUCUUGGCAGAAGUUAAGUACACACUAGAAAUGCUCAAUCACAACCACAGUACCUCUACUCACGCCAACUCUUCAAAUAUCUCUAGACCCCAUCCACCGGAUGUAGAUAUGUUGGCUGAUAGCCUCACGCGGGCUAUCCAUACCAGUUUGGACAAAUCAGUUGGUCGCCAAAAGCCUCCUGCUGGUCCUCGUGGUAAUGCUCGGUUCUGGACUGAUUCACUCCAACACUUGGUUGAAUUACGUGAGGACGCUCGAAGGGCUUGGAAACGAGCUCCUGAGGGCGUAGGUAAAGCUCUGCUCUGGAAAGAGUAUCUUGCUGCUGGUAAAUCAUUUGCAAAAGCUGUCAAAAGCCGACGCAAUGAAACUUGGAAAGAGUUUUGUGAUAAGCUCUCGAAUGGGUCUUUUGCCGACACUGCUGCCACCAUCAAGCGCAUUCGACGCAAUCGUGCCAUUACACCUGGGUUCACACAUGUUGAGGGUCCUGCUGCUGCUGCUCGUACAAUGGCCAAUCAUUUACGCAAUGUCUUUGCUGGUAAUUGCCUGCCUGCUCAACGUCCUUCUGCUCCAUCUCUGCCCGACGGCCCAUGUGUCACUGAUCAUGAUCGCUUGUAUCUCUGCAAGACAUUUGACCUCGUUGACUGCCCUGGCGUGUCAUAUCCAAUCUCUCCUGUUGUCAUGGCUGAUAGCAUCUCUGCUACUGAUUGCCCUUUUACCAUCGGCUGUAUAGCAUUCAUGUUGCAACGCAAACUCGCUUGUCGAAAAGCCCCUGGUGUUGAUCACCUUCGUGCUGAAAUGCUGAUAAUACCGUUGAUUGAGGAUCUCGCUCCUGUGUUGUGUCUUCUCUUUUCGCUCUGUUGGAUGUGGUCUCGAGUCCCUGUGGAUUGGUGCACUGCACAAGUUGUCCCCAUCUUCAAAGGUAAAGGCAAUCCAUUGGAUCCUGCUAGCUACAGGCCCAUCAGUCUCUGCUCUGUGCUUCGCAAGUUGAUGGAAUUGUGUCUCUAUCCCGAUCUCUUGGCUACUGCUCCUGAAUUGGAUCCUGUGCAAGGUGGUUUUCGUGAGAAUCGCAGCACGCUUGAUUCUGCUCUUGCCCUACAUGAACUUUGUCGCCAACAUACUGUGGAUCAUCAUGGUGAACCGCCUGUUUUGUGCUUUUUGGACAUCAAACAAGCGUAUGAUACAGUGCAUCGACCUGUCAUUUGGCGUACUCUCGAAACCCAUGUGUCUGAUCCCAUGCUCGGUAUUCUGCAAUCUUUGUUUGACAAUGUCAAGAUUGAGACUUUGGUAUCCGGUGCUCGCUCUCCUUCAUUCUGGCCAUCUACUGCGGUGUUGCAGGGAUCCAUCUUGAGUCCCUUUUUGUACUCACACUACAUUAAUACUCUCCCUGCACUCCUACGUACGAUAUCAAUGCCUUCAUCUCGCUCCUUUGACUCCUUUCCGCAACGGAAAUACAACAGUCUCUGGCUGAACUCGCUUCUAUAUGCUGAUGAUGUCGUGCUAAUUGGCACUGCUGAAACCAUGCCUCGUCUUUUAAAGAAGGCUGAAGAACACUCUCACCUGCUCGGUUACCGUUGGAACCCUGCCAAAUGCAUUGUGCUCAACCCGCCAAUGUACACAGGUCGCACAUCUCCGCUACGUCUUUACGGCUCUCCACUCCCUGCUGCUGACUCGUUCAACUACCUUGGGCUCCCUUUCAACACCAAGGCACAACUAGAUGCUGGUAUGCUGGUACAACGUAAUAUCCAAUCUGCGCUUGUCACCAUGCGUACCAGUAUUCAGCCUCUGGGUUUCCACUCCCCAAGCUUCUAUCGACUGACUGCCGCAAAGAUAUAUGGCACAUUUAUACGACCAAAGCUGGAAUAUGGCUUGUCCAUCUCAAAGCUCCUUGUCAAGCACACCAAAUCACUUGAAAAAGCUCAAGACAUCUGUCUGCGUUUGCUAUUUCGUGGUAAGGCUGCUGCAUCCACACAGGUGUACAAGCAUCUCACUGCUCUUCCUCAUAUCCAUGAGCGUGUCGCCAUCUUGGCCUUCAAGACCAUCACUCGUACUACUCAAUUGCCAUCAGAUACUCUACUCGGAUCAUUGCUGCCUCAUAUCGAAUCGUCACGCAAAGAUGUCAAGUUUCGCUGGCCCAUGUUGCUAACUCAAAGUUCAUUGUGGAAAUUCAUUUGCCAUCCACCUGGAUCCGAUCCUGACGCUGCUCCCGCUUACACUUGUAUAAUGGAUUGGUUGAACUCGCCCACUGGUAACAAUGUCAAGGCUGUCAUCUCACAAUUUCGCCAUCAGAAUCUCACUAGUACAUUGAAUCAUCAAACACCACCGGUGCUCCUCUCAAGUUGUCGUCCUCGCAUUGGUGUGGAUCCCAUCCUUUUCCUCCCUAUGGAUAAUUGGCUUCGCAGUCGUAUUUGUAGAUGGAAAAUGGGCUGGCUUCCUGCUCGUCCUGUGCCUUGCCAAUGUGGUCAUCCGCACGCUUCUCGUCAACAUUUGCUGUCUUGUCUUUCUGUUGCUGAUCGACUGAAUGUCCCUCAUGAUGCCCAGCCUAAUCCUCUCGAUUAUGUGCUCAAUCAGCUCCCCAACAUCAAGAAACCACCUUCCACGUCGUCUCAACAUCAGCAAGUGUAUUUGCGUUGGUCGUCUUGGUGGCCUGUUGUGUGUCAGAUUCUCUUUGAGAUGGAAACAAUCUGCUUGCCAGAUGAAGAAUUCUCCCUUGCUGCCAGUGAUACGCAAGGACUUGCAUUUUUGGAGUGGUUGCUGCCUGUCUACUACAAGCAAAUGGCACCCAUCGUUCGCUCAUCCCUGUAUGAUUGGAUCUAG